AUGUUCUCUUUGAAGAAAGAAAUCUGGCGUGUUAUACAUCGCAUCCUAAAUCCAUCACCACAACCUCUGAGAGUUGACGUUGACGAUUUAAACAAAUUCUUCGCAACUACAGCCCAGCGCACGACGGCAAAUACAGAAACCGACGUCAAAGAAGACCUGCUCAAUUUUGUUGAUACACUACAAUCAAACGUUAGUGAUGAUGCAGCAUUUCAUUUACGACCAGUUACGUUCAACGAGGUUCUGCGUGAAACCAAAGGCAUCAGACCAGAUACAUCUACAGAGCCAGACCAACUAUCUGCAAAAUAUCUCAAGAUUGUUGCGCAGCUCGUCGCUGGUCCACUAACCCACAUCAUCAACUCCUUUGUAGCUGUAUCGUCAUUUCCUGAUGCUUGGAAAGUCGCUAGGAUCACUCCAAUACCUAAGAGUAAUAACUCUAAUUCGAACAGUAAUAUGCGUCCCAUAUCAAUACUGCCAGUUCUUUCGAAGGCAUUUGAAAGGCUUACACACUAUCAAUUGGUUGAGCACAUUGACUUCGAAAAGCUGUUGAAACAGAACAUGUCCGGCUUUAGGAAAGGCCAUUCAACUACCACAGUUUUGCUAGAUAUUACAGACAUAUUAGAGACGGCGUACUUCGUGCAAUGA